CCGGGGAAAUGGGCAGCGGAGGCGGGGCUCCGGCGGGGCGGGGCGUGAGCCUCACCGCCGGGACUUGACCCCGGAAGAAGGGUGUGGGCUCCGGUGCCGGUUCGGCGGGGAACUGCGGCGCACGCCUCAGAGAGCAGCAGACAUGUUUCAUUUCUUCAGAAAGCCUCCAGAAUCUAAAAAACCUUCUGUUCCAGACACAGAAGCUGAUGGAUUUGUCCUCUUAGGAGAUGUAGCAAAUGAGCAAGGAAUGGAAACACAAAGUAAAACUCCAGAGGUAGAAGGCAGCUCACCUUUGGAGACCAGUGAAGAAAACCCACCCAGUGUGAUGGGAGCAAGCCCUGAAACAGAAAACAAGGCAGGCCAGAGCCUGGAAAACAACACGUCAAUGACCGAACUCCUGAGCGACGUACCCUUCACCUUGGCCCCGCACGUGCUGGCUGUGCAGGACAGCAUCAGUGACCUUCCUGACCACUUGCUCUCCUCCAAUGUCAGUGAGAAUCUAUCACGCUUUUGGUAUGACUUCACGCUCGAAAAUUCAGUGCUCUUUGAUUCAUAAUCUGUAUGUCUGUUUAUACCUUGACAGCUUUAAAAUGAUUCUCCCCGUGUUCCUUGCCAUUUCAUUAAAGUCCUCAGAAAGCAUAUUUCUAUUAACAAUGGACUUAAAUCCUACUUUGUUAACCUUCCUUCCAAUUAUAUGAAAAUUAGACUCUCAAGGCUUUGUGGUAGGAUAAGAUUCCUUCAACUGGUCUUUUGAAAUAUAACGCAUUGAACUUCUCUUAAGGAACUGUGAAAAAGAACUGUGGCAUUUUUCUUAUUUACAACUCUGAUGCCUGUGCCUAGAAUAAGUGUGAAAUCUGGUUUGCAGGGAACUUGAAUUAUAUUACUCCCUUUCUCCUUCCACAGUGUUACACGUGGACUCAGAAAAAUAUUGGCCAGUUAGCUUGAUUUCUUCAGCCCUGAUUUAGACACUGAUGUGGAAGUAUAAAAAUUUUCCUAAAAGCAGUGGUAGUUUGCUGUUACAAGGUUACUGCAACUGUUCUGGGUGCUGCUUGUGACACAUUUCAGUUUCCCCAACCCCUGGCAAUCCUUCCCCCCUUAAAUAAAUUAUUCCCAUCUUGAAUGAUGCUCUAGCCCUUGUUGCUGCCUCUGAGUGUGCUCCUGCCAACUUUCCAAAGAACUUUUUCUGCCUUAGUGGGCAUUUAUUCUCCUUAGUGACAUUAUCUCUAGUUUACAGAGAGACCCACACUUACAUUUCCCCUCUGUUUCCUAAAGAAAAUCAUCUCAUCAGAAUAUGUCUUUGCAGAGAACACCAUUAUCUAGAUUUGUGAUGGCCAGAAUAAAGAUAAAAUGUAUUAUUGCUAGAGAAACUGAAAUUGGCUCAUUUACAGUUAGUGUGGAGGGAAAAUACCUAGUCUUGUUUUUUAGCUGUUCAUUAUUUAUCUCAAUAAAAACAAACUGCCAUUAGUUAGUAAACUAGUAAAGAAGAAAUUAUGAUAGAAUAUUUUAUAUGUUGUGGGGAAUUUCAAUUAUAUUUAUUUUGAUUAAUAGUGGUAUGACCUAUUAAUUCUGUGCCAAAUUUUAAAUAUAAUUUUCAUAGAGUGACAUAGAAAAACUGAACACUACAGAAAGGUAUAUGAUUGAUCCAAUUUUUAAUGUGUUGUACAUGUUUAAUAAAUUGCUAUAUUGUUUAAAAAAUUGAGAACUUUUAUAUUGACAAAAAUAUGCUUUAUUUAAAAAAGAAUGGUAUUUUAGGAGGUGAACAAUUAGCUUCAGUCUUUAGAUAACCAUCAUAAAAUAUCAUCUAGAAAACAUAACUUUAUUAAAGCAAAUGUGAACAUUUUAUAUAAGAUGUUGUGAAAACCUUAAUGCCAUAUUACUCUCCCCCAGCUUUCUGUAAUAUAGUUAAACAUUUCAUUUAUAUUUAUGCCUGCCAAGUUAUAAGUAUGCACUUAUAAUAUUUUUGUUUGUCUACCAGAAAUUGCUAUAUUUAAAUAUAUGUAAAUUAAAUAAACUGAUAUUUUGAUUAAUUUCAGAUCAAAA